AGAGUCUCCGAGAGUAGAUCUAGUAGAGUAGAGACUGACAUCAGUCCAUUUCCUCCCUUUGCUUGUAAACAGUAUUCGGACGAAAUAGGCACCAAUACGACAGUGUACAGGAAGGUUGAACAGCAAUGGUUUGAGGAAAAAUUAAAUAACCCUAACUUGAAUAAAUGCCGGAAGGAAGAAGCCUUGUGCGCUAGGCGAAAAUUGGCAGCUGCGAAUAUGGAGUCGGUGCGUCGGGCUCCUGUCGUGGAGACACGCGGGCAUGAUAUCUCUUCUGUUGUAGCUGAAGUAGUAGACCAGUUUCUACAGUUGGGCUCACAAGGCAUGGAGAGCGAGUCUGGUGCGGCCAGCCUGUGGCAACAACUCACCGUGCAGCCGCUACAAAUCACAGCCUACCUAACUUGUCUGAUAGCGCGCCUAGUGUCUUUGGAUAGUGGACACUGUCAGCAGCCUCUGCAGAACGUGGUGUCGGAGCUGUUCACUCGCGACGCCGCUCGCCAGGAUCGUGAGGACUUCAUCCGCUGGUACGGCGACUGGGUCAAGCAGGCGCCGGUGACGCCGGCACCGUUGACCCAGCGAUGCGUUGCUUUCCAGCACGUCAUUCUCAACACGCUGCACUUCAUCGCAACAUUCUACUUCACGCGGUGUCCCAAAGUGCCGCGUCCAAUCUACCUGCGCUGGGAAUGGGCUCGCAAACUGGAGCAGCAGCAAGAAGCGGAGCAAUACGUGUUCAAGAUGAUCUCGCAGGAGUCUCACUGGACGAACAGGAAGACGAAAGAUCAGACGCUGUUCAUCAAGUACCUGGUAGAUCACUGUCGCACGGGCUUUGCACGUGGCAGCAUGACGGCAUGUGUGCCAUCCUCCUCAUCGCUCACUAGUCAUUUGAAAAUAAUGCAUAGCAUGCACUAUGCACAUCUGUGUCAGCUGCUAGCAUGCGGCAAUGACCCCAGCAACCCGGCCGACACCUCCGACAAACACCCAACAGCGUCCGCUGAAACGGCUGUUCUCUAUGUCAUUGACCUGUUGAAGAAGUUGCAGAUAUCGAAAAAUUCCAAAGAGGAACAGCUGCUUCCCCUGCUUAGCCUCUUCUGCAGUCUAGCCACCAUGACACCAACUCUGUCCAAUCAGGACUUGGCCAACGCAUACCAGGCUGUGCAGCCGUUCUACCUCUGGCCACAGCCCUACUGUGAGGUGGCCAGGGACGUGCUGGAUUUCAUCUUCACUGAGCAACGAUGUCCUGGCAUUCACUUCCGGCGUCUGCUGCUGAACGAGCAUCAGAUUGAAGUACCACGCCAGGAGGACAUCACGAAAAUCAACUCUGAGUUUGUGCAUGUGAUCGUGGACAAGAGUGCGCCGAGGGGAGAGUAUUUCGCCGCCUCAUUUGAAAGUCAGAGCAUGGACGACGGCCUGCUGAAGCGCAAGCUACUCAUGCACAUCUUCUACUCGGUCUUUGGCUACACGUCACAGAAAGACCUGACUGAGCUGGAAGCGGAUCUCGAGAAUUGUCAUGAGCCUGACUUGUCUCACCUCUGUUAUCACGGACUGACGGCGUGUGAAGAGGCCGCUAUGCUGGCCGACCAGGAGCAAGGACGCAAGAAGCUGAACGCACGCCUGCAGCACCUGAAGGAGAUUCUCUCGCAGUUUAGAGGCAGACAAAGCCAUAGCAGUCUCCAUUCACGGUCCUCGACUGAAAUGGGUGCUACCGUCGAGGAAGUCUAUUCAGUACUGGCCAAACCUAUGCUCUGGCUGCCACCCUGGCGACCGCACGAACUGCACGUCUUCGAUGGCGAAGUGAGCGACUCGAGCGGUGCCGAAUCCGCGCUCCAGAGCAUUCUCACAGAACAUCAGGGAAGAAGACGGAAAGAUUCAGUACCGACGUCCGCCGAUCUCAAGCACUUGAGAGGACUUGCUGGUAGAGCGCAGCGUUUGAAAUCGGACUCUGGAACGGGUUCAAUGAAGCAGAAACCCGACACACCGGAUAAGAGUGCUUCCUUACCACCGGAAGCUGUGUCUAGUUAUGCACGGAGGUCCAGUGAUGAUGAGCCAGCUAGGCCUGUGUCCAGUCGAGAUGGGGAAGAUUUCGCUUCAAGCUCCUUCACCAGCCAUGGAUCCCGGCUUUUAGACGCCGACGCCAUCAUUAGUGAGGUGAUGUCUUCUUCGUCGGCCGAGUCUACCCCGAAGCACAACCUGUCUCCGGAGAAGUCCCUCCAAGAGGAGUCUCCACACAGCAGCGUACCAUCAAGCAUGUCUGGGGACACCGGACCACUCGACGACCAAUCCUCUGGCAGUUCGCAGCCGGGCUCUGCUUCUACCACGCUCAAACCGGAAGGCAGCAGUCUGCAGGUAACCGUUGACGAGGCCGAGCAGUUGGACAAGGAGAAUAGUGAGUUUCUUGCCGGCUCGUCGAGCACCUCAUCAGACAGCUCUUUGCGCAGUCCACCCACCGACUCCGCUCCGUCACAGUCAGCACCGCAGCCGUCACUGCUGAAGCCCUCGAGCAGUGGAAUGACGACAUCGCGCAGCAUGGACUUCACCAGCGGUCGGCCAGCCAGCAGUGCCGGGAGUAGCCGGUUCAAUUUCGACACGGUGGACUUCUCUCAUGGCAAGAUGGCGGCGGCAAAGUCAUCAGCAAGCCUAGACAAGGCUGAGAAUUUGCCAUCACCGUCGCUUCGCAAGCGCAGCAGCUACAGUGAGAUUCUGAAGCGGCGCGGUUCGCACAAGGCCGUCAUGUCCCGCAAGAACCCCAUCGUCAAGGUGAUGUUUGCCGGAGACGAUCGCACGGUGCGACUCGUCAGUCAAGCCUACGUUCAGCUGAGGCGCAAGUUCAAGUUUCUGUUCGAAGGCCUCGACGUCAAGUUCUACUACGUGCCGCUGAGCAGUGCUGGUGGUGGUGGUGGUCUGGUUGAUACCGUGCCCAUACAGGUGGGAGGCGUUGCUCAGCUUCCCCGUCGCUUUCACCUGUACGAGGGCGCCACGAUCAGCUCUAGUCGCACAGCCGGUACACCCGAGUUGCUGACCUCACUGUUAGACCUGGAAUCAUCAGGUUCCGACGAGCUACCGCAGAACGGAGGUGAUGUGUGGUUCGGUCGGUUCCUGGCUCAUCUCGACGGUUGGUAUGAGCGUAAUCUGAUGCUGUCCGUUCACGGAUCAUUACGUGUUCUACCACAGGAGGCAUUAGACUCUGAGGCAAUACUGAACACACUGGAUGAUGCAACAUCAGACAGUGGAGGACCCACACCAAGAACGGUGAUCUCGGAUGCAGUGUUCAGCUAUUGUCGUCAGGCUCAGUAUGAAGUCAAAUGCAAGCUGUAUCAAGUCGAGGUGACGGAUGCAACCGGUCGCACGGAGACCUAUGUUUUCCUGAAUCGUGUGGAGAUGAUCAUUCCCGCCAAGACGAAGAGAGCGCCAGAAAUCAAACUUCAAGUUCAAAAGGUUGGCCUAGAUGAAGUAUUGCAAGGACCUACCACCCUACCAGUUGCAAGGUACUGGGGUCUACGCUUGUCGAACAUCCCACAUCCCAGUGACAUUUGCCCUACCAACAUUGAAUCCCUUGGACUGGAGAUGACACUGACAGACUCAUCGGCAAACCGUGGAACCGGCCGCUCCGGUAGUGGCAUGUUCAAGAAGAGUCUGCGUGGAGGCAUUCAGCCGGAGGCGACGUCGUUUCACGUGGCGCACGUGGAAGCUGUAGCCACGUCCCUGAAGGACACGUUCAGUGUCACUAUCGACUCUGACGUCUGCUGUCAGAACAUUGUCAGCUUUCAGGUGCGGCCCUGCUCGGACUCGGUUGCCGCAAAGACCGGGCUCUCUCACCCACGUACCAUGACCGGUCUGGGUGCGAGGCCCUCGGUCUCCACGGCAACCAUGUCCAGCUCGCCGGGGUCACGUCGCCAGAGUCAGGUCUCGGGUGGCAAGGCGGACGACCAGAGUAGUGACAUAUCACUGCCCAUCAUGAUAUUCUGGCCACCGGAGUUAUAAAGCCUGGGUCAGGGCAUGCUGCCUCUAUGUGUGAAGGUAUAUUGCCUGGCCUCUAUGAUUGAAGGCAAGUAUGAGUAGCUCCCUCUCCACACCAGUCAGGCUGUUGUUGAAGUUCUGGUGGACUCCCACGGACUGGAGUGUCACCGCCACCAGCAGUUCCCGCUCACCGGCAUACCUUGGAAGUGAUGACUGUGGGUAUGCUAUGCAUCAUUAUUCUCUCGCAGUCAUCACCCGUGUGUGAGCCACUGCACUAACGGCAGUGAUGGACGUGUGGCAUGGCAUGUUCGCAGGGAGGUGUUCGUAGUGAAACAGGGCUGGUUUGCGGAUCACUGCAGACUAUCGUGCGUGCGUGUGUGUGUGUGUGUGUGUGUGUGUGUGUGUGUGUGUGCGCGCGCGUGUGUGUAUGAGUGUGGGCGCGUUCGUGUGUGUGGCCUGCGCACAUGCCUGCAUGUGUGUAGGAGGUGCCUGACCAGCCCAUGCAGACUACUGCCAUUAAGAUACCACUGACGUUAAUUUUUAAAGUGUGCUUUCCUUGUUUCUUGAGAAGAUGAUGUCUUCAGCAUGAUGCCUAAUGGCCCAUGCAUCCAAAAAAAAUUGCUCAUAUCCACCUAACCACUUAUUGAUGUUUGACUAUCAUUUUAGAACCCGGUCAAUUCUUGUGCACGUUCAUUUUACUUAUUACAACUUUCCGUGAAAUUUCAUCCUAUCCUAUUUCUGAUGGCGGGAAUUUUCCGCGAAUCAAUUUCAAUUUUAUAAUUUGUGAAAUCUAGGGACAUAUUGCAAGUGCGCCGUUAUUGGUGUCACAAAAUCCGCCCACAUACACUCCGGUGUAUAUACACACACUAUACGGUGGGCAAUGCUAUAAGUUUUCAUUGUGAUGCGAAGCCAACAUUGGAUGGACCAUGGACGUGCAACAAUCAAAAUUCUUUGCUGACACGACCUCAUACUUGCUUGUUCCUGCUGUUAUUAUCUUGUUCACGGACCAUCGUGUCGUGUUUUCAUCCCAUAGUUAUCAGCAACAAUUUUCAAUCUAUCACAAUCUCUCUGAUAUUUCAUUGAAAAAAUAAUUGUGACUUAGGCCGAAAUAUUUGGAUCAUGAUCUAAUAUCAUUCUGAAUAAAUCAUUGCAUGUGACUCA